GAGGCAGCAGCAGGCAGGACAGCCACCUCCCAUGCAAAUUGCCCCCGGGAGUGCAGCUGGGCUCCUCCCGCUCCUCCUGGGCAAUGCUCCUGGGGGGCCCGUGGGGGAGAUGCCAUGUCGGGCGCUGUGUGUUCUUUCUCAUCGUCGCGCUCCUGCUGGAUGCCUUGGGACUGGUCCUCUUGCUGCUGGGGAUAUUCGCUGUGCUGAGUUACUGGGACUUCCUCGUCUACACGGGGGCCCUGAUCCUGGCUUUCAGCCUGGUGCUCUGGGUCAUCUGGUAUUCCCUCAACAUCGAGGUGUCUCCUGAGAAACUGGACUUGUAGUUUGGCCGUGGGCAGAGGAGGAGAGACGCAGGUGCUGUAUGGACCACCUGGCAGCGACACAUUACAGCCUCCCCCGCCCCACGUGUGUCCCACCAGGACCAGGUGAGUACACACAAGGCCUUCCCGGCAGGGUGGCCAGAGAGGCUCGGAUGAGCAGGGACAGGCCAGGGCCUCCGGGGGCUGAAUGAGCGAGCAGCCAGACCACUGCGCCCCGGCUGGGGACUCGGUGAACCUGGGCUCAGUCCUGCCAGGAGGUGGUGGACCAGCCAGGGAGACAUGGAGCAGGUGUUUUCUCCUCUGGGGACCCUUUUCCUCAGGAGGCUGGACAAAGGGUCUGGAUGGCCCUGCCACCUCUGAACUGCCACAAGUGAUCCUGACUGUUACGCAGGGAAGGAAGUUAGCCCUUCAGCUUGGAACGAGGGAGAAAAGCCCCCAUCUGGGUUCUCUGCUGGGAGAAUCCCUGCUGGGGAGAAAAGCCUUUAGUGCCAGGAGAGGAAGGAAAGUUCCCCACUGGCUGCUCGCGCCCUCGUAUGCCUGGGGGGGUGUGAACAGGGCUGUGGGGGCAGCAAACAGAGCAGAACCAUCCAGAAGGGCCCUUCUCACUCACUCUCUUCCUGCACCUGCCCGGAGGGGACACACAGCAGGGGCCUCCAUGCCCACUCAGGGCACCUGCCUCCUCUCUCAGCGGCGCCCCACCACCCUCCUCACUCACAUGUGCCUAGGCCGGCUGCUCUGAGCCAGAAGUCAAGGGACCGUGACUUCAUGGAUUCCGUCGGCCGAGCGGUACGUCACAGCUGGGCAAGCAGCUCUGUGUGUAACCAAAGAGGCAGAUAAAGAUAGAGCUGGUCUGGCCUUACGACCCCGAAUCAGAGAUGGGCAAAUCUCCCCAGGGGACCGAAGUCAGAGCCCUGGUUAGUUUGACGGCCAUACCCUGCUCCCCAGGUGAGCCCAGACCUGCACGCAGGUGCAGCCGGGCACUCCCUUUUGAUUAUGAGACGUAAGAGCAAAGGUCGUUGCUGAGUUGGAAGAAGGAAAUAAUAAUUGUACCUUUUCUGGGAGAUUACAUCUGGCCCUCGGAACUCAGAGAAAAGAGCUGUGUUACCUGGGACAAAUUGAGGAGGUUUCAGGACAACAGGGUAAACUCGUACCUGGCAGAUGAUGUGGAAAGAGACGAGAUAUCAGAACACCUGGGUUCCACUUUUAGUUUCCACACUUGUUAGCUGGGUGAUGCCAGGCAGGCUGCAUGGUACUCUGACGCUAGGGAUUCGUAUUUGUAAAAUGAGGAUAAUAUUCCCUGCCCUUGGUGUUUCGGGUAAGGCAGGGAACGGCUCUCUGCAAUUCAUGUGGUUCUCACAAAUGUCAAGGGUACAAAACAUGUACUAUGGGAUGAGGAAACUGACUCAGAGUCCAAACUUGGAGUACCUUGGUGUCUCUCAGAUUGGUAGUGGCAGGGGUCAGCUCACACUUUGCAUCAAUGAAACUCCAAAGCAAGAAGGGACCCCAGAUGUGUUUGCUUGUUCACCAAAGUGUGUCAGGCACUGUGCAAGGUGCUGGGGAUGCCGUGAGGAAUAAGACACAUGAGAGCUCCACCCUCAGGGAGCUUACUGUCAGGUGAAGAAGACAGACAUGAGCCAAACAGUCACAUUAACAGAAGUAUGAUAACAAAGUCAGGUCUGGACUAGGAAGGAGAGAAGAAAUAUUAUGCCACAACAAUGUCCAGUAGAAAAACUGACCCAGAAGGUGCAGUCAGGACAGCCUUCCUGGAAGAGGUGAUGUUAGGCUGAACAUCAAAGGAAGAAUAGGAGUUUCAUGGAAAGCCUUAUGGGGAAACUUCCAGGGAGAGGCAAUGGCUUGGGUACAGGUCCUGAGGUAGCUGGAAAUAAAAGACAGCAGGGAGACUGAAGGGCAGAGAGCAAGUGCAGGAGAGGGUCACGGCCCCGCAGCAGGCAGGAUCAGAUCAGGCAGGGCCUUGAAGGCCCGCUGAAGGAUUCUGAUCAUUACCUUAGGAACAAUAAGAAGCCAUUGAAGAGAUGUAAGCAGAGGUGAGACUUGACAUAACUGGAUUCCAAAAGACCACCCUGGCCACAGUGCAGAUUAUUAUGAUGAUUAUCAUCAUUACCAGUUGAAACCCGCUUGGGGAGCUAAGACACGUGCCGGGACAACACGGAGUCCCCAGGAUGAGGCUCCUUCCCUUGCUGAACAGAAGUUCAAGAGCCCAGUGUCAGAGAGCAUGGGCCACACCGGACUGCGUGGUGUGCAUCUGGUUUUGUUCCCUCCUGGCUGUGUUAGCUGGGACAAGCCGCUUCACCUAUCCAUGCCCCAGAACUCUAAAUCUGUACAAUGGAGAUGGUGCUAGCAGGAACCCCCACCUCAGAGGACGUGCGCAGAGUAAGAGGAUUAAUAUUUGUUCAGCCAAUGCAAGUGAUGAUUAAAUAAAGCAAAGGCGCGCCAUUAAACCUCGGUCACAAUGCAGGUAGCUGGCACAUUACCGAGGGUGCGACCUUCCUCCAAGGUAGACACCCCUGCAGCACUGUGACCCAUUCCAAAGGCAGCGCAGCAUUAAGACUUUUCCGUAGGUGCGAGGGUUUCUGUCCUGGCUCAAAGGGGCUUCAGCAGUUGAGAGAUUCACUGUGUUCUUUAUGGAACACAGUCAUGCAAAUAGCACUUGCUCCUUUUAGUCCCCAGAUUUCGCGUCCCUAGGACCCUCAAAGCCAGCCAGCCCACUCACUUAGCCUCCCUCUGUCCCUCGGUCCCCUGCCACAUCUCAGGGCUGGCUCAGAGCGACAGGGAC